AUGCCAUUCAAACCCUUCAAACCGCCACUCAUCCGGAGACCACUUGAAAAUGCCCCUACUCAACUGACUACACCUGAGCCAUCCGACGAGCCUAUAUCGAAACGACGACGCAUGCUCGCUGGGUCUGAUCUUGAGCCCCCAGCGGAACUUCCUAAGGCCAACAUUAUUGAGCUUAGCAGAACUCCAAAAGACAAAAGCAUAUCCCUAGGGCCCUUAAUAUCGGUGAAAAAUCAGCCUUCUGCUGUUAAAAGACCCAUUCAAAACGGUACAGAUACUCGUGACAAUGGGGAGGGCACAUAUUUUAACGUUCUUUGGCGAAAAUUCACUGCUAAAAAGCACAAGACUUGGGAUGGUGAUGGAAUUCUCUCGUUGCGAGGAGGCUAUGCUUACCUUCAAGAUAUUUCAGGUCGGGACAUGGGGCGAAUUAUGUUCAACUCUCAAUUAGAACCAGGGUCUACUCUUUCAAUUGGCGGUAAGGAUGUUGAAAUUGACUCGAAGCUUUCUAGAGAAGAUUACUUGUCUGGGCGUCCGUUCCUGGGUGUAUCAGCUGGUGCAUCUGGCCAUGUAUCGAAACCAGAGUUACCAAAAAUUGUCCCAGUCCGUGUCCCACUUAUUGGCUCUCUUCUUGUUGGCAAAUCAAUAUCAGGUAAAAAAGACGGAAUUGAUGGCAGUAAAGAGGCGGCAAAGAAAAUUCUGAAUGUAGCGGCGCCAACAAGCGUAGCCACAAAUAACGCCUUUAAACCUCCCUUGAAAGAAGACACUGUUAUACCGUCACAAUCAAGCAAUACGGUUACUCCAAGACACGAUCCAGGUCAACAGGGAGCUAUUAUAAUGAAACGACCAUCUUCAAUCCCGGCCGGGAAACAAGUCGUGGAUGUCGUUGUCGACCCUCUACUUGGAAAGCAUCUUCGUCAGCACCAACGCGAAGGUGUUAAGUUUCUUUAUGAAUGUGUUAUGGGAAUGAGGCCCUUCAAUGGCGAAGGUGCCAUUCUUGCAGAUGAUAUGGGCCUUGGGAAAACUCUACAAACUAUCGCCCUCCUCUGGACAUUAAUGAAGCAGAAUCCAAUAUAUGAAGCGGCACCAGUUGUUAAGAAAGCCCUUAUCGUGUGCCCCGUUACCCUUAUAAAAAAUUGGCAGAAAGAAUUCAAAAAAUGGCUGGGAAACGAUCGACUUGGCGUGUUUAUUGCUGAUGGAAAGCAUAUGAGGCUCACAGACUUUACGAUGGGAAUGAGCUAUAAUGUCAUGAUUAUUGGAUAUGAGAGAUUACGUACGGUACAAGAAGAAUUGACGAAAGGCCGUGGGAUUGAUAUUGUCAUUGCGGAUGAAGGACAUAGACUGAAGACAGUCCAGAAUAAAAGCACGCAAGCGAUUCAAUCGCUCAACACCUCUCGACGUGUCAUUCUUUCCGGGACACCUAUCCAGAAUGAUCUCAGUGAAUUUUUUGCUAUGGUGGAUUUUGUAAAUCCAGGAUUGCUGGGCACAUUUAAAUUAUUUAUGAAGGAGUUCGAAGGCCCCAUAGUCAAAUCCCGGCAGCCAGAAGCAUCAAAAAAAGAGGUUGAAAAGGGUAAAGCCAGAAGUGAAGAGUUGGCAAAUUUAACAUCCAUGUUCAUCUUGCGACGUACAGCGGACAUCCUUUCCAAGCACCUCCCUCCGAAAUCCGAAUAUAUUUUAUUUUGCAACACGACCGCCGUUCAAGGUAAUAUAUACCGUCACGUUCUGGCUUCUCCCAUAUUUCAAUCGGCACUGGGUAACUCAGAGUUCGCGCUGCAGCUUAUUACGAUUCUCAAGAAACUAUGCAACAGUCCUUCUCUACUCAAUCCAAAAACAUUGAAGGAUGAAAAUUCUGACUCUACGAUGAAUUCUCUCUUAUCAUCACUACCAGCUAACUUACUUCGGCAUUUUUCACCCGCGUCAAGCGGGAAAGUUAGAGUCCUCGACCAGCUUCUUCACAAUAUACAUAGUACCACAUCGGAGAAGGUCGUGUUAGUAUCCAAUUACACAUCAACUCUCAAUCUUCUUGCUGUUCUUCUAACGUCCCUCUCUCUUCCAUUUUUGCGGCUCGACGGCUCUACCCCGGCAAACAAGCGUCAGUCGCUUGUUGAUGAUUUCAAUCAUUCUUCAGCCAGCUCCUGUUUUGCGUUUCUUCUAUCUGCAAAAGCUGGCGGGAUUGGGCUCAAUUUGAUAGGUGCUAGCCGCCUAGUUCUUUUUGAUGUAGAUUGGAACCCCGCCACCGAUAUCCAAGCUAUGGCGCGGAUUCAUCGUGAUGGACAAAAACGUCACUGCCACAUCUACCGGCUGCUGCUCAAGGGGAGUCUUGAAGAAAAGAUCUGGCAGAGACAAGUUACCAAACUUGGUUUAGCGGACAGCGUAAUGGACCAGAAAGGGGGGGUGGCGCAAUUUUCGAGAGAAGAAUUAAAAGAUCUCUUCAGAUUGGACGAGGAAGCCGAAUGCCAGACCCAUGACCUUCUAGGUUGUAUAUGUGGUGGGAUAGGGGCAAACCCUCUACUCCCUUCGCAUAAUGUCAUGGAAGAAAAUUCAGAUUCCGAUGGCCUCACCGAAGAUAGUGAUGGCUCAGAUAGACCAAAGAAUGCUCCUAAGCUAACCAAAGCAUCUGAAUUGCCUUAUCCACGAGAUGAUAAGCAAGCAACCAAAAAACAUAAGUUGAAAAUGAAGUCUCUUAUGAACUAUUCUCACAUUAAUCCCGCAUUACUCAGUUCAAACCUUAGAGCAUCACUUGAAGAACAGAUUGGCGAUAAAGCUCUUUUGUCUUUGCUAUGUGAUGAAGGUCAUGGAGUGGGCUACUUGUUCAGAAGGGAUGGCUAUGCAAAUAUAGAGAUGAGCAAUGAAAAGAUGAACAUAUAA